UGGGCGUGGCCAGGCCCUGCCCCUGCGGUCCGGAACUCCAGAGCUGCUUCAGGAGGUCCCAGAGGUCUGUGCCCAUGGCCAUGGCCGCUGCGUUGCUCGCCCGGGCCGGUGGCCCUCUCGGCAGAGCUCUCCGCGCUCGAGAUUGGCGAAGAUUACAUACUGUUUACCAGUCUGUGGAACUACCUGAGACACAUCAGAUGUUGCGCCAGACAUGCCGCGACUUUGCUGAGAAGGAGCUGGUCCCCAUCGCUGCCCAGCUGGACAAGGAACAUCUCUUCCCCGCAUCGCAGGUGAAGAAGAUGGGGGAGCUCGGGCUGCUGGCCAUGGACGUGCCAGAGGAGCUGAGUGGUGCUGGCCUGGAUUACCUGGCCUACUCCAUCGCCCUGGAGGAGAUCAGCCGCGGCUGCGCCUCCACGGGAGUGAUCAUGAGCGUCAACAACUCUCUCUACUUGGGACCCAUCCUGAAGUUCGGAUCCUCACAGCAGAAGCAGCAGUGGAUCACCCCUUUCACCAACGGUGACAAAAUCGGCUGUUUUGCGCUCAGUGAGCCAGGCAAUGGCAGUGACGCGGGGGCCGCUUCCACCACUGCCCGGGAAGAGGGUGACUCCUGGGUCCUCAACGGCACCAAAGCCUGGAUCACCAACUCCUGGGAGGCUUCCGCCACGGUGGUGUUUGCCAGCACCGACAGGUCCCGGCAGAACAAGGGUAUCAGCGCCUUCCUGGUUCCCAUGCCAACUCCUGGGCUUACGCUGGGCAAAAAGGAAGACAAGCUGGGCAUCCGGGCCUCAUCUACAGCUAACCUCAUCUUUGAAGACUGUCGCAUCCCCAAGGAGAACCUGCUCGGCGAGCCUGGGAUGGGCUUCAAGAUAGCCAUGCAAACCCUGGACAUGGGCCGCAUUGGCAUCGCCUCCCAGGCCCUGGGUAUUGCCCAGGCCUCCCUGGAUUGUGCAGUGAAGUACGCCGAGAACCGCCAUGCUUUUGGGGCACCCCUCACAAAGCUCCAAAACAUCCAGUUCAAGCUGGCAGACAUGGCCCUGGCCCUGGAGAGUGCCCGCCUGCUGACCUGGCGCGCCGCCAUGUUGAAGGACAAUAAGAAGCCUUUCACCAAGGAGUCGGCCAUGGCCAAGCUGGCUGCAUCAGAGGCUGCAACUGCCAUUAGCCACCAGGCCAUCCAGAUCCUGGGCGGCAUGGGGUACGUGACAGAGAUGCCGGCCGAGCGCUACUACCGAGAUGCCCGCAUCACUGAGAUCUACGAAGGUACCAGCGAGAUCCAGAGACUGGUGAUUGCCGGGCAUCUGCUCCGGAGCUACCGGAGCUGAGCCCCCGCCCUUCUUGGGGACUUGCCAGCCUGCUCAGACCAUGAAGGGACCUGCCUCGGUCAACCUUUCUGCCCCUCACUGUAGCCCCCAGUCAGACUGGGGGAAAGUCUGUCUCAGGGAGAGGGAAGGCCAACCGCUGUGACUGCAACCCAAGAAGAAAUCGGUUGUCAGCUCAGAAUGGGGCGGCGUGGCUACCUCUUUACCCCCCACCAACAGUGCCUCUCUCUUUGAGCGACCCGCUGGAGGCAGGGCCACAGAGACCUGAAUGACCCUGGCCCUCCCAAGAGUCCUCAGAGGCAAGAACAGGAGGGGCAGGGCGGGGUGAGGAGGGGGAGGGGAUGGCCCAGUGCUUGAGUCCCCGGGGUUGUCGUGGGAAGGCUGGGGAACCGGAUCAUAGGGCCCUGGCUAGAGGUCAAGUGGCCGCAGGUGGUUCUGUGGCUGUAGAGCUGCCUGUGGCCAAUAAAGCUCACCUGUGUCCUGA